CGUUGAAGUGUCGACGGCGGAUGUUUCGUUUGGGCUUGUUGAACAGCGACAUUUUGCUAUUGAAAAACUAUUUGCGAGUACGAACGAUUGAACCUGCAAACAAUUAUGACAGCGAGAAAGUGUAGGGUCGUCGGUUUUUAAUAAAUAUCCAUGGCAAAAGGGCUGAGAAUGCCUCAGAAGAGAUCAAGGAGUAAAAAAGUAACCUCUUCCAAGAUGGCGACGCGCACUUAUGGCUGCUCGGCGCUCGCGAUUUGGAGAGAGGUGGGGGAGUCAGAAAUUGGAACUAUAGGAACGAGUCGGUACAAUUGCGUGUUUUUUAUUGGCCCUGCCCUGCUCCAAUUUUUCGUUCCGACGUUUUCUAUGCAAAUUAGUGCGCAUGGUUUCUCUUCUGCUGACAUCAGGCGCAUGUACAUAUACAUUCUAUGCAGACGUGAUUCUAUACUACUCUAACCUGGUAGCUUGCACAAAUUUUGUUAUGCAUAACAAUAGUUUUAUAUCGAAAAUAUAGUAGUGAAUUUUGUGAAAGAAUUUUGGAUUUUUAACCACUACAAUUUUAUAGUAGCAUUGGUAGCAUGUCUGUUUUAUUUAGGAAGUUGAUAAAUUCGCAUUCUGCAAGCUUGUUAAAAAGGUGUAUGCACCUAACAUCCAUACGCCCAUCAUAUGAAGGAGAAGGAAAAACUACUGUGACGCUUCUGAAUAAUAACUUUGACUAUGGGCUCAUGAUUGAUAAUAUUAGUCAACAUGGAUUUAUAUUAAAUAAUGGAGUAAGGAUCAUAGGACCUAUGGUCAUUUUUCCAAAAACUACGUUGAGUUGGAACAUUGCUGCAUCUCCUGACAUGAAUGAAGAGUCUUUUUCUCUGCUUUUGAAUCUUGAACCAAAACUGGAUAUUCUUGUCAUCGGAUUGGAUGAUGACUAUCCAUAUAAUGCCCCAUUCUUGCUGAAUCUUAAAGAUCUAUUCAAAAAACAUGAUAUUUCAACCGAAAUAGUGUCAGUUUUUAAAGCAUGUUCAACAUUCAACUUUCUCAAUGCUGAGAACAGAUAUGCAGCUGCAGCAUUGAUUCCUCCAAGAAUAACAUAUACUGAAGACGUGCUGCUACAAAGACCAAACCAAGAUCCAAAAAAGAUUCAAGUAGCUGACCGUAUGGAUAAAGACCCACUACUUUAUAAUUAUAAACAAAAUGAAGUUAGUUCACAGGUACUAGUACAAAAACAAAAAGAAUUCGAAGAAUCUUUGAGAGUGAGAUCUCCUUGGAGAAAGGAAGACAAACCAUACAAUAUACUAAAUGAUCAAAACACAACCUCACCACUUGGCAAAAAAACUAAAAAAUGACGAAAUUUUUUUGAACUAGCUUGUUGAAAAACUAUUGGAAGUGAAUAAUGUUCAUAAAUAUUUGCGAUUCAAAAUGUAAAUAUACAUAAGUUGUUGAUGCUCUAUUGUAAAGUAAUUAGUUACUAAAUACAUUUAUUUACGAUUUUUUUUGUCAAACUUUACUUUAUCAUAAAUCCAAUUCUUUUUUACAUGUGUACUUAUAGUUGUUAUUAAAUUCUUUGCCGGAAGAAGAGAAAUUGUUCAAUAAACCAGUUAUACAGUACGAUAAAAA